ACAGUAUUGACUGCCAUCUGUUGGUAAAAAGCAGUGUUACAUGCAUUAAAGACGUAUGGUAGUGAGAAGACGACGUCACACUCCUAAACGCAUUUCCCUAACGGAGCUGACGUCGCAAAAGGGAUAAUAAAUGACCAUCACUACAAUAGACAAUCUUAGCAAAGCCCAAUCCACACGUCUCCUAGCAACCACCACAACUUUUGGUCACACGAGGCAGUGUAAUGUUGCGCUCUAUACACUUUCAAAGGCUAACAACAAGCAACUGAUUAGCGGUUUGACAGGUGAAAGAUGAUCGUUGAAAGAUUCAAACUGCCUUGUGACAAACUCGUGUCACACCAGCAGCUAGCUUGUUGUGAAUCUUACACUGGCAUCCCUCGGGGUGGCACGGAUAUUCUCAUUUACACUAAUUUGGACGUUGACCAGAAGGCCUUACUGCUCUCCGGCCAUCAUGGUGAAAUCACCGCCAUGACUUUUGGGAAAAUAAGCUUUCCUGUCCACUUCUGUUCUGCAUCUGCUGAUUAUGUUAUUGUUUGGAAUUUGCACGUGUGUCAGAGAAAUGUCAGCCAAGAUAAAGUUGCAGCUGGAACAGUCAUUGGGACCUCUCUUGGAGAAGUGGUCCAUCUUUCCUUCUGUUUCUCAGAUGAGAGAGUGGCUGCAUGCUCAGGACCUACUGCAUAUGUUCUCAGCUCACGGAAAGAGGACAUUAUUUCAGCAUUGACUGGUCACCUGGGACCUGUAACAUCAGCAGAGUUCUGUCCAUGGAAUAAGGACAUUCUUAUAACCACAUCAGAGGACAGAACAUUCAAGGUGUGGGAUUUAAACACUGAAACUGUGUUUUACCAAUCGUAUGUGCUAUCAGCUUCUCCUCUGCUCAGUGUGCUGUUCCUGCAGGACAACAGGCAAAUUGUCACCGGCUCCACAGACGGGCAGGUUUGGUGCUUUUCUCUCCGCGAAGACUUUACUUGUCAGCUCGUGACCAAAUUGGAUCUUCACAAAAGUGAACAAAGACAUCAAGCAGGAAUGGUUGAACAGUCAUCUGAAGCCAAGGUGGAUAUUUCCAAACCUGUUCUGAAAAUGGCUCCUUUUGGCUCAUGCAAUGACUUCAAUGGUACAGAGAAAAAGAACAAGAGCUGGUUAUGCAUUGGAAGCACUGACGGCCUGUAUGUGGUCGAUCUGGCUACAUCAGAAAUGCUCACAGUUCUGUAUUUCAAAGACUACCUCAGUUUGAGUGUCACGAUGGCUGGAUCUUGGGUCUUCUCUGAGCAGUGUAACAAUUCUGUUUUGUUUUUAGUGAGCUCUUUGUUUACACCGUGUGUGAGCCUGUUGGAGUUCCGUCCGGGCGAUGCAGGGACCGCGUGUGCUGGAAAUCAAGGCUUUUCUGUAUUUUCAAGUUCACCCCCACUGUUGGAUUCUCCCCUAAAUGCUGAGCUGAAGAAGAAGGAGCCCAAUCAUGCAAAGAAAAAAGGUGGAAUAAAGGAACAGCCACUUGUUUUCCACUCAAAUGUCAAAUCAUCUGGAUACACAAGCUCCCCAAGGAAGCAAAUGUUUUCAUGCAAAACAAGUGCACAAAAAAAUCAGUCCUCUAUGAAGACCAAGAAGAAAAAGGGUUUACUCCUCAAAGAUUACCCAGAAGACACCGCUGCACCGACAGUUCUUCGUGCCAAUCUGAGUAUUACGAACAAGCCAAUGUAUUGCCUCCAGUAUUCAGGUGAUGGAAAGCAAAUCCUGUGCGGUCUCGGCGACAACUCAGUGUUGUUGUACAAGUCUUCCCUUACCGGCAAUCCGGCUGUGUAUACAGGACACGACAAGCCAGUGAGCAGCGUGAGCUGGAGCCUCAACAGACACUGUUGGUUAAGUGCAUCGCACGACCAGACUUUGCGACUCUGGACUCAUGACAUCCCAGAGCCUGCUGUCGUUAUGAGAAAACAAAUGUUCUCGAAACCUAUCAAAGGUGCCCAGUUUUAUUACCUGGACAAGUUUUUGCUCAUGGCAUCCGGAGAUUCACUGCACUUGUAUUUGUACCAUGUGGACGUAACACACGAUGAUAUCAAAAGAUACGAGCAUCGGAGUUUUGUCAAAUUGGCAAAACGCUUUUCAACGUCCUCUGGAGCAGAUAUCACAGACUUGUCUGCUAUCAAUGAUUUCUUCUCCCACAUUGUUCUGGCGUGUGCCUCUGAUCGGUCCAUUCAAGUAUUUGACAUGAACGCAGGUAGAGUGGCUGCAGAACUGCCUGACGCUCACAGUCGAGCCGUGCACUGCAUAACACAGAACAAGGGCUCAAUGUUCAGCACACAAGCACCGGAAUCAUACAACCUCUUCCUCACCAGCGCAGUCACGGAUGGCGUGAAGAUGUGGGACCUUCGCACACUUCGGUGCGUGCGGCGUUAUGAAAACCACAUUAACCGCUGCCAUUCCUGCUCUUCCGCCAUUUCCCCGUGUGGUCGAUUCAUCGCCUGCGGCUCUGAGGACAACUGUGCUUACGUGUACGACGUCAGGAGCAGCAGCUACCUCCACAAACUGCAGAGACACUCGGAGACGGUGCUCAGUGUGACUUUCAAUCCUGCUACACCACAGCUGCUGACCGGGACUCUGGAUGGGAAGCUAAGCCUGUUUGAGCCCAGCAGCGGGGUCCGUCUCCCUCGUCCGACGAGCUCCGCUGCACUUAACGCCUCCAACAUGGCCGUGUGACCACGCAGGCUUCCGUUAAGACCACGCUGCUCCGAUCUGGCCAGUAUUUCUUUUAUUGAUUUCCUAUUAUCGUUUUACUUUGAAUGUCAGAAAAAUUCAGCACCGCUGCCAUCAUUUGUAUAUUUUUUCUUUUAAACCCACGCUUUGAUUGACUGAGGUUGUCACCAGCUAAUUUCCUUGUAAUGUCUUGAUAUAAUAUUUCCCCAAUUAGACUAAUUACAGUGACAUUAGCCAAAAACAAUCCCAUCAAGUUCACCCACGCUGAGCGGCGGGCAGGUCAAGGAUCAAACUGAUGUGGAACAGAUGUAGUAGUCCGGCCCGGCCGGCUGCGAUCACCACUUAGCACGGGGCCCAUGACGUCAACUGGGUGCAACCUGCGAGGCGGCCAGGCCCGCAGAUGCUGCUACUACGGAUCAUCACGGUCAGCUCGACUCGGGUUUUCUCUCAGGCCAAACCAAAAUGUCACACCUGCAAGCGAGGGGUUCAGGGUGGAAGUUAGCUUGGUUGCUAUGGUUUCUGAUGGAUGUAAAUACAACAAUGGCUGAUUAUGAUGACUUUUCUCCUGCAAUAUUACAUAGUCUACGCCAGGGGUCUCAAACACGCGGCCCGUGGGCCAAAUGUGGCCCGCAGGACACUAGUCCUAGGUCCCCGCCUUGAUAUGAAAGUUUAAUGUUAGUGCGGCCCGUGCAAGUUUGAUAUGGAUGCUGUAUGGUAUCAUGUACCCAGAAAAAAUGAUUAUGUUUGAUUCAUGUUCAUGUUUAAGGUUAAAUAACUGUUAAUAGUUAUCCUCACUAUCCGUGUGGAAGUGGUAAGAUUUGGCUAUUUAAUUUUAAAGGAAAUAACUUGAAGGCUAGCGUUUAGGUCGCUAGCUCUCUAGUUUGCGAGUUAGCAUGUGUCUCAAGACCCUGCAGUUGCGCAAUAUGUUGUAAAUAAAAAGAGUAUAAAUGUGACUAUAGUCGUGUUUUGUCAUGUCUACAGGGCUCUAAUAAUGCUUUGUUCAUUUUAAUAUGAAAAAAAUCAUUUGUCUACCCACCAACUAUAUGUGCUUUCUUAAGUUUUUAUUAUUUGCCGUUUUAUUAUUAUUAUUUUUAUUCUUGAUUUGUUUAUUUAUUUUUCAUCUUAUUUUGUGUAGAAAAAUUAAAAGUAAGAUAUUUGAGAACAGUGGAAUGUUUUAUCAGAGCUUUUAUUAUAGAAAAUUGGAACCAAAGCGAAGUUUUCAAAAAAAAAUUGUUUUUAAUAAAUGCGUUUUUUUUUUUUUUUUGGGAAAACCUAAUGCGGCGCAGUUUCACCCAGACCUGAGCUCCAGUGGCCCCCAAGUAAAUUGAGUUUGAGACCCCUGGUCUACGCAUUGCAGUACUUAAAAUUCACAAUAUACGAUAAAAUAAAAUGUAAUAUUUUUGGAGUGAAUAGGAAUAGAAUAAAAUUCCGAUAAAUGCUUUUCAACGCUGAUCACAAAAGCUUGUACGAUGGCAGCCUUCAGCGACCAUCUUGGCUAGCGUCCUCCUCCCACUUUCCUUCACAAUGCAGGAUGACAUGCCAAAACAAAAACAAACAUGUCUGCCGUGUGAAUCUUCCCUAACCAACACAUACCAUGAAAAAUGUCUUCCAUUUUGAUUUAACGUAGCAUUUGAACAACACCCGAUGGAGAAUAGUGAGUUUUCGAGGCUCAUGGUGUGAUCAUCAUUCAAACGCCAACUACCGCUGGACAACAGCGCCUGUAUGUACGUGAUAGAAGGCUAAGCAGAUAACCCAAAAUAUAAUUGAACGGAGAUGACCAGCCUUUCUGAUUUUAUGCUUCCUUUUAUUAAAUCAUGUAGGAGACAGGAAGUGACAUCAAGGGUUCUAAUUUGUUUUAACGUGGCAUGGGUUACAGCCCCGACAGUAGCCCAUAUUAGGGAUCAAUGGGCCUGUUGUAAUAUCAUUCAAACCUGCAAUAAACGGCUGUUGUUUUGGCAAUCAAGUCUGGUGCUUGUGUGUCUCACUGAACAUUACAGUAAAAUUAUUGACACCUAGUUACCCGUGUAGAAUAUUACAUAUCUACAUAUCAGCUUAUCAACAUCUGAAUGCAUCUUAUGAAUGCAUGUUAUGAAUGCAUGUUAUGAAUGCAUCUUAUGAAUGCAUCUUAUGAAUGCAUCUUAUGAAUGCAUCUUAUGAAUGCAUCUUAUGAAUGCAUCUUAUGAAUGGCUUAUAUCGUUGCACCUCGCGUAUCGUGCUUCAUUGAUUCCAGACCCGGCCGCCAUAAGUGGAUUUCAGAAAUAGGAUCGAUUUCUAUUAUAAAAACUGAUUAUUUUCAUAGUUAGAGCUGGAAAAUAUGUUUAUGAAUUUUUCCCAUUAUGUAUUAGAGCCCUCUAGACGUAAAAUAACAUCCCCAUAUUCACUUUUACCCUCAUAUUACCCAAUAUCAUAGAUAUAAACAGGGAGAGUAAGCCAUUUAAGACAUAAAUACUACUCAUGCUCGUGUGUGUUUCAAAAUGUAGACAGGAAGUGAUGUUGGGAUUCAGAGUUGAGUUUUAGCUAGGCCA